UCCCUACGCCACUCCCACCCUGGCUUCCCCAGCUCUACAGCUGUCAUCAUGUCCUCAAGUGCCAUCUCCUCCAUCAGCUCCCUGGGGGGUCCCUGGCAACAGGAGUCACAAGGCUAGCACUGACCCCACCACCUGUCCUUUCAGCUUAGAAACUAGCUGGACCAGCCCACUCGUGGCCCCCUGCCAGCCUGCUGGUCUCAAACGUGGCCCCUGUGCUGGGACACGUGAGCUGCUUGCUAGGGGGUUGAUGUGAGGCCUUUUUGCCCCAGACACCAUUGUUCCUACAGCAGACUAAAGCACUGGGGAGCAGCUGGAUGGCCCCCCCCAGACUGGGAAUCUUGAAACUCGGUGACUUGCGUCUUCCUCAGGCUACGGCCCAUUGAAGCACUCUACUUCACCUCCUGCCUCAGGCUGUGUGCAUGCCUCACAGUAGACAGCACCUCCAAAUGGGAAGCUACUGGGCAAGUUCUGCAUCUGCCAUCAGACUGUACCAGGCAAGACAUGCCUCCACAGGGUCCCCUACAAACACAUUCAUGGCUCCUUGGGUCUCUGUAGACUAAAGGCAUUGGCCACCAGACUCACCGUGGACCAGUGUACCUCCCCUCCUGUCCCCGUGCCUUGGCACGCUUCUUCCCAGAUUUGAGGUACAGUCGGGGAGGCCCCACUUCAAGCACUGUUGUGUGCCUGCCAGUGAUGGGCAGUCACACAUGUCACCUACUACCAGCAUGUGGAAAUAGUGAGAGGACCAAACCACUGUGAGACUCCUUGACAGGGAAUAUUCAGAACAAGCUGGUGCAGAGACAGGAUGGAUUCAUGGAAACUGGCAGGGACAUGGGGGUGGAAUGUUCUAGAACUAGAGUGCAGCAGGCUCUAUGGCUUUUCUGAUACACUGUUCAACCCACUCAUGCGUCUUAUUUUCAUUUCUGUUUUUGAGUUUAAGGUGCUUGAUGUAGGACAAGCCUCCCCUGCCCAGUGUUAGGCCAGCGCUCCCCUUUUAGCCGCCACCCCCCAACCCUUGGGUUGUACUUCUAAAACGGGCAGCGGUAGGGCAUGUGUGUUACAGUCAGACCAAUGGGACAUACUCGGGUACUGUCCAUGCCCAUUUUCCAAGUCAUCCAACAUGAUGUAUCAGGAUGGCUGCCAUGACCCCCAUCCCUCAUCAGAAAGUCAAGUCCCGGCUCUUUUCUCUGUUUACCCACCACCACCACACACACCCCGCCCGCUCCCCUCCGGAGGCUCCGAGGCGAGGAGGAAGUCAAGCGCCGUUUGGUUCUGCCUCGGGGCUCCUGAUUGCCAUUCCUGUCACGGUGCAGUUAUCUGCCCUCCGUGCGGCGGACGAAGCUCAUGUGUGAUGCGCUCGGCUGCAGCCGCCUGCGCCAACGGGACGAUUGCCCGCGCUCUGGGGACUCUGAGACUGAGAUAGGAGCUGCCGGUGGUCAGGAGACAUUGAGGACUCCGGAUGCUGUACCCGCUGUAAGACUCAGUUUCCCCAAUGGAAAGCAGAGCUCACAUCGGAUGAGAGGAUGAACGCACAUCCUGUGAGGGACCAGUGCCACCCUCGAGAAGUCCAAACACAAACUGACGGCUGGGUGGCCUGAGUAACACCCCACGCCCAUAGCUUCUCUUUCUCCAACCUGAACAUCUCAGUGGGUAGGGCGCUUGCCUAGCACACACUAAGCCCCAAGUGUCAUCCCUGGCACUUGGGAGGCUGAGGCACUAGGACCUGGUCAUCCUUUGUUGCAAAUGAGUUGGAGGACAGCUUGGGCAACAUGAGCCCAAGCAGUAACUCUUCUGUCAAUGCUUUCUGCACCGUUUACCAUUUGGGGAGUCUAAGGAACACUAACCAGUGGCUAUGGCUGACUCUGGCUGACUCCUGCCCUGCAAUUCCCCUCCUUAGGGGCUCACUUCCCAGCCCCCUCUCCAACCCUUGGGGUCCAAACCCGCUCCCGUCCCUCCCCUCGCGGACCCGCAGCUGCGGCCGCCUCCUGCCCCUCCCCCUCGCCCGCCACAAAGCGACGGACGCGGCGGUGACUGACGGCGCCUCCCGCCCCGCGCCACAGCCAGCCGCGACCCUGCGCGAUGCUCAGGUCUCUCGUCCAAUACCCUCCCGGCCCCGGUCUCAAGGGCGACUCGGUCCCCGCGCCGGUGUCCUCGUCCUCCGGGUCCGUCCCCGCCCCGGAGCGGCUGAAGGUCUGAGGACGAGCUGAGAAGCUCGCAUGGAAGCCCCUGUCUGACACCAGUCAAUUCCGGGGACAUCGAUGGCCAAGUGGCUCCGGGACUAUCUGAGCUUUGGCGGCCGGAAGCCUCCGCCGCAGCCGCCCACCCCCGACUACACAGAGAGCGACAUCCUUCGCGCUUACCGGGAGCAGAAGGACCUGGACUUCGAGGAUCCCUACGAGGACGCCGAUGGCCGCCCCGAGUCAGAGCCCGCAGGGCCGGUGGACUCCAAGUACGACUCUCCCAGGCACCGGCUGAUCAAAGUGGAGGCUGCAGACACGGCCAGAGCCAAGGCCCUCCUGGGCAACCCUGGGGAGGAGCCCGAAGCAGACACUGAGUACGCGGAUCCUUUUGAUGCCCAGCCUCAGCUGCCAGCUCUGGAUGAUGGGUACAUGGAGCCCUAUGAUUCCCAGACCUGCUCGAGUGAACGGCCAAGCAGAGCUGUCCAGCUUUACGAUACUCCAUAUGAGGAGCAAGAUGCAGAGCUGGAGGAUGGAGCGACUUCUGGCCAGAGUCGGCUGCCCCUGGAGGAUGAGAGGCCAGCAGAUGAAUACGACCAGCCUUGGGAGUGGAAGAAAGAUCAUAUCUCCAGGGCCUUCGCGGUACAAUUUGAUGGCCCUGACUGGGAACGGACCCCAGGCUCGACCAAGGACGGCCGGAGACCGCAGCCUGCGGAGCGCGUGGAUGCGGCUCUGGCCCUGGAGAAGCAGCCGUGGUUUCAUGGCCCCCUGAGCCGUGCAGAGGCCGAGAACCUUUUGUCCCUCUGCAAGGAAGGCAGCUACCUAGUGCGGCUCAGUGAGACCAGGGCUCAGGACUGCAUCCUGUCCCUCAGGAGCAGUCAGGGUUCCAUGCACCUGAAGUUCGCGCGAACCCGGGAGAACCAGGUGGUGCUGGGCCAGCACAGCGGGCCCUUCCCCAGCGUGCCCGAGCUGGUCCUGCAUUACAGUGCCCGCCCGCUGCCUGUGCAGGGCGCAGAGCACCUGGCGCUGCUCUACCCUAUCACCGGCAGCCAGAGCCCCUGAGGGGACCCUGCACACUGGCUGCCCGACCAGAGAGGGGACCGGGGACCGAUGACGCAGACUCCCUCCAAGCCAAAUCUACUGCCCUCUGGGAGGUUUCAGGGCCCCCUCUCUGUGAGCGGGCUUUGCCUGUAAAAAACAGAAGAGAGAGAGAGAAAGAGAGAGAGAGAGAGAGAGAGAGAGAGAGAGAGAGAGAGAGAGAGAGAGAAAGAGAGAGAGAGAGAGAGAGAGAAAAGAGGCACUUGCUGCCAGGCCUGACAGGUUCAGGCCCAGGAACACACACGGCCCACACGGUGGCAGUAGAGAGCAGACAUCUGCACGUUGUCCUCUGAUUUACACACAAGGCGCACACCAUAAAUUAACAAAUUAAUGUAAUAAAAACGAAUUUUAAAACCUUG